CCAGCGUACGAGCUCGGGACCCAGCUGCCCAGCGAGGCACCGAUCCAUGGAGGCGCGAGAUCCAGGUGGGUGAGGAGCCAGCGCUGCGCCAGGGAAGUCUCAUCCCCCGGCCAUGGGGGGACAGGUGAGGCUGCCUCCCGGAGAGCCAUGCCGAGAAGGCGACGUGCUGUCUCUGGUCUGUCCAAACUCCUCCCAAGCUUGGUGUGAGAUCACUAAUGUGUCACAGCUGCUGGCUUCUGUCCUCUACACGAACCCGAAUUCCAGUAGAACCAACUUGAGCACUUCAACAAAUGUAGAGAGCAAGUACAGUCUUUUUGUGGGCUUGCUACUGGCCAUAAGUUCCAGUGUUUGUAUUGGCUCCAGCUUCAUACUGAAAAAGAAGGGCCUCUUGCAGCUGGCCAGCAAAGGUGCCACUCGAGCAGGAAAAGGUGGUCAUUCUUACCUCAAGGAAUGGCUUUGGUGGGCAGGAUUACUAUCAAUGGGAGUAGGAGAGGCUGCAAAUUUUGCAGCUUAUGCAUUUGCACCUGCCACCUUGGUCACCCCUCUCGGCGCCUUGAGUGUUCUCAUAAGUGCAAUAUUGUCUUCCUAUUUUUUAAAUGAGCACUUGAACAUUCAUGGAAAAAUAGGCUGCAUAUUAAGUAUAUUGGGGUCAACCGUGAUGGUUAUCCAUGCCCCACAAGAAGAGGAAGUCACUUCUUUGCAGGAAAUGGAAAUGAAAUUGAGAGACCCAGGAUUUAUCUCCUUUGCUGUGAUCGUAACUGUGAUCACCUUGGUGCUGAUUUUAAUUGUAGCUCCCAAGAAAGGACAGACCAACAUCCUGGUGUACAUUUCAAUCUGUUCUCUGAUUGGAGCAUUUUCAGUUUCUUCUGUCAAGGGCCUAGGAAUUGCCAUUAAGGAACUACUAGGUCAGAAGCCAAGUUACAAGAAUCCAUUGGUCUUCAUUUUGCUGGCUGUUCUUGUGCUUUCGGUAACAACACAGAUUAACUAUCUCAACAAAGCCCUGGACACGUUUAAUACAUCUCUUGUGACUCCUAUUUAUUACGUGUUCUUCACAUCCAUGGUGGUGACUUGUUCUGCCAUCUUAUUCCAAGAGUGGUAUGGCAUGAAAGCUGGAGAUAUCAUCGGAACCUUGAGUGGCUUCUUCACCAUCAUCAAUGGUAUCUUCCUUCUACAUGCUUUUAAAAAUACUGACAUUACCUGGAGUGACCUGACAUCCACUGCUAAGGAAAAAGUCCUUUCUCCAAAUGCCAAUGAGAACAAUUACAUGUUACUAGAGAAUGUCGAUUUUUCAGCAGCAGGAUAUGAAGAUGACAUGACCUUGUUUAGCAGGACAGAUGAUCAAAGACUCUGUAAAUCCUAAAUUUUUCACCAGUAUAAGACACUUUGAGAGGAAAAGAACACUUAUUGUUGAAGUACUGUUGGGAAAAUAGGUGUUUUUAAAAUUCUAAUACUUUAAAUGUGAGGCCAGAUUUUUAAAAAGUUACUCACUUGGGCCAUCAAAUUUGAUUAUCAAGUUUUGAUAUUCUUCCAGAAGAUUUCCGCAUCUUUUCCAUAACUGCAUAUUUUAAAAUAUUGCCUAAGCAUGAAAGAAGUCAAAGAGUUAUAUUUGUCUCAGCAUAAGCUCUUCUGACCACAAUAGAUUUGACUUUGCCCGGUGGGGCCUCAUUUCCUUGAUGGCUUCUCCUAGAUUUGUGCUAAUUCUCAGACCAAGUUAUCUGUGUUCAGAUCAAUGAAGUCACCAUUCUGUGAUGAGCCAUAGUCUCACAUUAUUAAAAUUGAGAAGUGAGAAUACUGUUGGUUUAUCCUCCGUUCAGCAACUUCCUUCUUUUUAAGCCAUAAAACUACUAAAGGCCAGAGUAUUAAAGAAUAAAACAGGCCUGCUGUCAGAAUCUGUACCUCAGUGGGCUGGAAUAAACACGCACACCCACCCAUGAAGACGUCAAUUAUAGUUUAUUCACAAAGUAAAGACUUUGUUGGCAAUUAAAGAGGGGGAUGGAGAGGGGAGGAGAGUACUUCAGACCUCAGAUAAAGGAAAUGAAUUUUCCCAAAACCCCAUGUACAACAAACAGGUUCUUUGCACACAGAUCUGGACAGCAUCAGACAAAAUGAACUUGCUGGUGAAGUCCAGGUGAAUUCAGCUUUAAAGUUAUUUAUAUUCAUUUUGUCCUAUUCUUUAUUAUCCCGUAGUUUAAUUUUCUUGAUGACAGAUAUUUUUGGGAAAUAGCUGCUACGUUUUUAGGGCUAAUAUGGUCCACAUUAACUUUUUUUUUUUUCUGGUCCACAUUAACUUUUCUCAAAUAUUUUAUACCUAUGGGAUAGGUUUCCCAAGGCUGUUUGGAAACAAUGGAAAAAAUAGUCUUUGUUUUAAAAAAAAGACCCUAAACAAAUUAUCCUAAUGAUUUUCUCAAAAUUUGGUGCUGUUACCCUUAAUAAAGAAAUUGUAAUCAGUUACAGGUUUUCAAAAUGAGCAUAUCUAUCACUCUAAGUGGCCAGGUUGGUUUUUUCUGUUAAAUUCAUCCUGGCCACGUUUUCCCAUACAGUUAACUGAUAAUGUAUCCAAGGAGAGAAGGAAGGAGAAUGAUCUUGAAAACAAAAUAUUAAGACCUCAGAGGAAGUAUCUUUUUCACAUUAAAAUUUUCAUACAAUUUUCCUGUUUCACUCCAGAUUCAUGGCAGGAAUAACAUUUGGGGGGAACUUUAUUGUUUAUGGGCAGAUUUCCUAUCACCUAUUGGUAUUAUAGGAAACAAAUUUGCUGUCAAAUUUAGACAAAAUUUCUGUCCAAACAAAACUACCAAAAAGAAACUUUUCAUUUGCCUGGAUUGUUUCUUACUCUACCUUCAAACAUUAUUUGGUUUUUCUGUUUCUGACCAAGUCGAGCCUACCCAUGACGAUAGUAAACUGUGCCACUGAGAAUUCUGUUAAAGGACCUCAGCAUCUUCACAACUGUAGUGAACAAUGACUGAUGUUCACAGUGAUGAUCUGAAAUGACAGCCCUGAACUGCUUCUAGAAUCUUCAGCAUAGUUCAGUGCUGAGCAUAAUUCAAGCCAUUCUAAAUUUUUGAAAAUUGAUUAUCCAUGAAAGACCCAUGGAUUGAUAUUGCAGGUUAAAUACAUGUAUAUUCUGUAGACUGGUGGUUCCUUUCACUUGUAUAUGAGAUAGAUAAGCUAUGAACACAAAUUUGUAGAAGCAUCUCCUGAAAAAAGUAGUAUUUGAAAACUAGAACUUUUUAAAUGUUCUUUUGAGUAUUGAGAACUCCAUUGGUUUCCCCAGAAAACCUUCUUGGUGAAGGAAUUCAUGAUGUUUUUGACAUCUAACCUAAGGGCGCUUCCCCCUGCAGAAUUCAACUUUCACAUACUUAUUAAAUAUCACUGAUUACUUAAUACUUUAAAUGUCAAGUUUUGCCCUUGGUACAUGGUGCCCAGAUCAAAGUUUCUUGAAACACAAAGAUCAGUGUGUAUCCUGGAUUGGGAAAUGAGCUGGUGUUGACGUACAUGCCCUUGAGAAAGACUGAAAAAGAUUUGAAUUGUAUGUGGGAAAACCAUGAACUAUUUGAAAAGUAUUCUAUGUAAAAAUUAGUGGUUGUUAUAUGGAUUAAAAACUUCAAAAUGUCUGCAAAUCUUGCACUAAUUUUCCCAAAUAGGAACAUGCUGUUGAAGAAUAAAAUGCUGGAUCCCCUCUCACCAACUAUGUUAGUCUUAACUAGUUAUUUCCUUUGUGUGUGUACAUAUGUAUACAUUUUAAUAUAUAUGUAAAUAGUUAUCACAUAGAUAUAUUUGUAGGAUUUAUUAUGUGAAUAUUGGUACAUAUGUCAUUAAGGACUGUGAAACUGUGCAGUACAAAAAUGAGUUUUUUUUAAGCUGUAAAAAUAAUGUCCUUAUUUUUGGUCUUAUAUUUUUACUCUUUAGUCAGUGGUUAGUGAUUUUUAGUUCAGAUUACAGAAGUUCCUAAACCCUUUAGAAUUAGCAACAUGAAAUUAACACUCACUGUUUCAAAUGAUUACAUGGAAGACUCCUUACAUCAAGUCCAAUAUUUUAUAGGCACUUGAUAGAUUCACUUCUCCUUGAAUCAACAUGUUAAUUUUUAGUCUUGUUAGUAGAAACAUAAGGAUUGCUGAAUGCCACAUUUUGUAAAUCCUUAAUCUUUUCUCAAUUGUUACAUCUUCCAAGUGAAAGUGAAUUCUGUCAUGGUACUAUCAGAACUAAUAUAAUAGUCCAACAAAAGUAUCUUUUCUGAAAACCAGUAAGACUGCACUAAAUGCUAAUCUUACCUUUCAACAAAGCUAUCUUUAAAAAAGUAAUUUAUAUUAAUAUAUGUGAAAUGUUCUCAUGUACCUUAAAUUAUGUUCAGGAAACUUUCUAUUUUUCAAAUGUUUAUGAAUAUUGUUCAUUUUAGAACACAGAUUUUUAAAUGUUUUGUGUAUUUUACAUUUGCAAUAAAAUAAUGUGUUUAAUUA